AUGCUUACCGAGUCCUCCUCGAUCGAAUCAGACAGCGUCAGCUACGAGCCCCCCGCUGCCCACAGCAGCACCAGUGUGGACGCAUCUCAAAAUCACCACCAUCGCCAUCACACACAUCAGCAGCACAGCUCUGCCUCGCACGUGCACUCAUCUCCGUUUGGAUUUCUCACGCAUGACGUGGAAGAGGAGCCGCCGCUGCACGAGCACACAACCAGCGUCAAUCGCAGCUACUCAGACCUCCAUCAAGGUGCCUUUCUCUUUUACGCGUUCGCCCUGUGCGCGCUCCGCACGGCGCUUCAGCAACCGAUAAACUUAGCUCUGACCCGGAAGCAGACGAGCGCUGCAGCGAACAAGAUGACCACAUGGGGCAUCCUCUCCAACAUCUUCACGCAGGAAGGGCGGUGGCGUGGCCUUCUGCAGGGCAUCGGCUCCCUCUCCAUUGGAUGCGCCCUGAGCGAGGUGAUCUACCUGUGCAUUUUCGAGUGGGGCCGCGAGCAGGUGCCCAUCACCGGUACCGCAAUGCGUGACGCCGUCUCCGGAUACGCUGCCGACGUUGUGUGCCGCGCCGUGCACAUCCCGCUCAGCAUUAUCGCGUUCCGCCAGAUGACGGCGUCCCCGUCGCGCCGCAUGAACUCGUGGCGAACGCUGCAGGGCAUGUACGCGGAGCGCGGCUUGCGCACGGUCUUCGCCGGCUUUGGCACCACCCUAGUCGUCGGGUGCCAGUGGACAGCUAUGUGGUGGGCGAUGUAUGGUCAGCUGAAAAGCUUCCUCUACGGCGCCUUCGGGCCGCAUCUGGAGCGGCUCUCUGAGAAAUACGAGGGGUCCCAGCAAAGAGGUGGCGCGGCAAGUGGUGGAUGGCGCCUGCCGAACUGGUGCACGUCCACCGAAGACAACAUCCUCAUCAACGGCGUUGCCUCCGUCACGACGAGUGCGGCUACCGCGGUGCUCUUCAAUCCGUACCUGGUGGUGCGGACAAAUCUUCAGGUGACCCCCGGAGCUACAUUGUGGUCCGUGACUCGGCAGCUGCACCGCAAGUGGGGCUUCCGUGGCUUCUACAGCGGGCUGCUGCUGAGCAUUAACGCAUGUGUUGUGGACGGUCUCUUGGCGUCUACCAGCUACGAGUAUGCGAAGCUGUGGGCCGACCGCACUCGGGAUGUCCAGUCCAGUCAAGUAGGUGCAACCGCACAUAUGCCUACCGGGGGAGCGAGAACUGAAAAAGAGGAGUGA